AUGAAAGCUUCCUCUACGUUCAUUCCGAUCGUUUUUGGUGUGACAGCGGUCUCUUUCGUGGGAUUCUUCGGAGCACUGGUUUACAUCUGCAAUGACUUAAGUUCAUUUCAAGGAAAGCUGCGCCUUGAGUUGGAAGAGCUUCAGGGAUCUGGAGAGAAUGCCUGGCAACUGAUGAGGAGAAACGUUCAAAACAGACCAAAACGACAAGACUCCUAUGCGCAGAGAAGCGAGCCAACCAAAUGUCCUCCUGGCCCUCCUGGUCCACCAGGUGAACCUGGUUUGAAUGGUGAGGACGGAGAAGAUGGAGUGCCAGGGCAACACGGAGCUUCAGAACAAGGAUACUCUGAGGGUGGUGGAGCAUGUAUCACUUGCCCUCAGGGAGCUCCAGGGCCUAUGGGUGAAGAUGGCCCUCCUGGGCCACCAGGAAACGAUGGGCAACCUGGAGACGACGGUGCUUCAAAUAAUGAGCUGAUUCCUGGACCUCCUGGACCACCAGGAGAACCAGGUGCGAGCGGUCAACCUGGAGCAAAUGGACCUGAUGGAGAACCUGGUGCUUCUGGUCAGAGGAUAGUCAACGUUCCUGGGCCCCAGGGACCUCCAGGCCCUCCUGGAGAGCCGGGAUCGGUGGGAGAAGACAACUAUGAGCAGCCUCCAAAUGCAGGACCACCUGGUCCACCAGGGCCACCUGGAAAAGAUGGAGCGCCUGGAGAGCCCGGGGAACCCGGCUCACAAGGAACGUCCGGUGGACCAGGAAACGACGCUGCCUAUUGUCCAUGCCCUCCUAGAACAGAAUCACAAAAUGAACCUCCAGUCAAGUAUUCUGCCGAGGUAGCAUCGAAAAGCAACUCUGGAUCAUACAGUGCAGGCGCUGGAGAAGGUCGUAGGGAAAGACCCGAAAAUAGCGGGCCUCCACCAGCACAACGCUACGCCGUGAGAGCGAAGGUAACGCAGAGUUCGACUGUGGCAGAGCAUCCCGUCUUCCCAGCCGAACAAAUGCCUCCAACUUAUAAUCAACAAAUACAUCCACCUGCCGUUCCUCCCAUGGACAAACCGGUGAGGACCCCUGAAAACGUUGGUGGUAGAAGAGGAGUUGCUGCGCAGUAUAGUUCCAGGCAAGGAGCAGGCAGGGUCCGUGUCUAUUCCUCUCGGAACAACAUCCGUGUCGUUGGACGACGAAAUCGCAAGAGCACCGCUAAUGGAGGGAACUCGAAUGAUCGAAACCAGCGUGGGCCUGCUCAGAGAAGCACUGCAUGA